AUGUCCGACUCGGAAGAUCUUGCCGAGAUCCCUGAGAUCCCUGAGGACGGCGCCGACGACCUUUUCGGCGAUUCUGACAUUGGCGACAACGACAUUCUCCCAGCGAGCGACCGCGAGCUCAACUCGGACGAUGACGAGACGCCCGCGAGACGUGCCGACGCAGAGGACCACGACGAUGAUCAUUUCCACUCCACGCAGAACAACGUCGUCGAGGACGCGCAGGUGUCCCGCCAUCGUAUCCCCCAGCCCAAGAACGGACAGGUUCGUGCCAACUGCCUGUGCACUUGUUUUCUUUUAUCCAUCAUGAUGGUGGGUCGCUGA